UCUUCUCUCACUCUAUCUCACACUGUUUUCAGUUAAAGUAGAUAGCUAGGGAGGGAAUUCUGGUGUUUUUUGUGGUUAAAAAGCAGGUUUAUAGCUCAAUCCUACUGUGACAGUUUCCUCUUUUCCUCCCUUUCUUCUUCUUCUUCUUCUUCUUCUACUUAUUGAUAUUUUUCUGAAUUUAUUCUUUUUUUUUUCCCUCCUCUCCUCCUCUUAUUCUUCCUUAUCAGUUCUACUAUGGAGAAUAUACCCGUAUUCCUAUUCUGGGCAUAUUUCUCAUCUUGGUUUGCUGAGUUUCUUCAUGUAAAUUGAAAUUUUCCUGGCAUGUUCAAGAACAUGAUGUAUUCAAUCUCUCUUCUUUUCAUUGUUAUUAUCUAUUCCAGCGUUUCUUUGUUUGUUCGAUUCUUCAUGUUAUCUGAGUACUGAACCAGAAUUAGUUCGAGGUUCAUGUCUAGCUAGGAGGAUACUUAAUUACCUUUGGAAACCAUAGCCAAAGUAGUUGUUCAUACCUUUGUUAUUAUCUAUUUACUCUUUCCCUUUGUAUAGAUCUCAAUCAAAUCUUUUGAUUUCUCCUAUAUAGAUAGAGAGCUAGCAAAGCUGGGAUAUGAUGAGUACUAGUGAUCUGCCGCCAUACAGGGAUAAAUAUUUCCCAGAAGAUUUCAGCUUGAGAGAAAUUAAGAAUUAGAUAGUAUCUAAUAUUUCUGUAGGAAGGGAUCAGCAAGAUCAGCUAGAAAUGAAUAAGAGUAGUAGUAGUACUGUGGGCUCCAUCAGCAGCUCUGAUCUCAUCGAUGCCAAGCUCGAAGAGCAUCAGAUGUGUGGAUCCAAGCAGUGCCCCGGUUGUGGACACAAGCUCGAAGGCAAGCCGGACUGGUUAGGUCUACCUGCAGGAGUGAAAUUUGAUCCUACAGACCAAGAAUUGAUAGAACACCUUGAAGCAAAGGUAGAAGCCAAAGAUAUGAAAUCUCACCCUUUGAUAGACGAGUUUAUCACUACUAUUGAAGGAGAGGAUGGGAUUUGUUAUACCCAUCCUGAAAAACUUCCAGGAGUCACAAGAGAUGGCUUGAGCAAGCAUUUCUUCCACAGACCUUCGAAAGCUUACACAACCGGGACAAGAAAGAGAAGGAAAAUUCAAACCGAAUGCGACUUGCAAGGGGGAGAAACAAGGUGGCACAAGACUGGAAAGACCAGGCCUGUAAUGGUGAAUGGCAAGCAAAAGGGGUGCAAGAAAAUACUUGUGCUUUACACCAAUUUUGGGAAAAAUCGCAAACCCGAAAAGACCAACUGGGUCAUGCAUCAAUACCAUCUUGGUCAGAAUGAAGAAGAGAAAGAAGGGGAGCUCGUUGUUUCAAAGAUAUUCUAUCAGACGCAGCCAAGGCAAUGCAAUUGGUCUGAGCGUAGUGCAACCACUGGAGAAGGAAGCAGUGAGCCUAAUAGCAGGAGAGACAGUGGCAGUGGGAGUUGUUCUUCCUCCCGGGAAAUGAUUCCCCAAAGAGAUCAUGAUCAAGUUUCUCCACCACCUGGGGUUAAUGCUCAUCAAAUGUCAGCUGGUUACAAUGCCAUGGACAUUCAGCAAUUCAAAUCUGAUCAACAUUUUAGCUUUGCCCCGUUCCGGAAAAGCUUUGAUGAGGUGGGAAUAGGAGAGGUUUCUACUGCAAGGGAAGCCCAAGCAUCAGCUGGCACGUGCGAAGAGAUGGGAGAUCAACACCAGAGGCCACAUCCUAUGGCCCAUCAUGAGCAUCAUCAUCACCGACAGCAGCAACAUCACCAUGCGCAUCAGGAGAUUGCGACCACAGCCUUCCACGUCAGCACUAGGCCUUCACAUCCCAUUUCCACCAUCAUCUCUCCACCUCCCCUCCACCACACAUCCAUUAUUAAUCUCGAUCAAGACCCGUACCACAUCUCCAGAAUAAUGCUCGAGAAUGAAAAUUUCCAGCAGCAGCAGCAGCAACAACAGCAUUCGCAGCAGCAACAGCAUCAUAAACUGGGAGCUGGGAGGUCUGCAUCUGGUUUGGAGGAACUCAUAAUGGGUUGCACUUCAACUAACAUCAAAGAAGAAUCAUCCAUCCAAAACCCUCAAGAGGCAGAAUGGUUGAAGUAUUCGUCCUUCUGGCCUGACCCUGACAACCAGGAUCAUCAUGGGUAGGAGCAAAAAAACAACAGAGAAUAAACAACACCCAUGCAUACAGACAAUAUCAUUAUCAUCAUCAUUAGUACUCGAAACGUUCCUCAAUUCUUUUCAGCAUGAGACCAAGAAAACCAUGCAUCCAUAGUUGGGUCAUUUUCUUUCCUUUUACUGUGGGCCUGGCUAAGCUCUGGUGGCUCUCAACCGAACUAACUGCAUGUGAAACAGUCCUGGAUGUUGGAAAGAAAGAGAGAAUCAAAGAAAAAACAAAGAAAAAGAAAAGAAACCUAGAAAGGCUGCACCGUCUUCUGCCAAACGGAAGAGAACCAAGGGCCCAAAAGAAAUACAGCCCUGCAUGAAAAUCAUCACCAUUAUGAUUACAAUAUCAUCUUUAUGGAUAUUCUUAUUGUUUUAUUAUUUUAAGAUGUUUGUAUAAUCUCUCUUUCUUGUUCUUUAUAAACAAUAUACCAGAGAGAGUUUGUGGA